GAUCUCCAAGACUAUAUAAAAGGAGAACAAGAGAUUGGGAUCAGAUCCUUCAUAUACUAAUAAUAUUAUCAGAGCCAUUGCUGAGGGAAAGAUUAUGAAGGCCUUCAUACUAGUCUCUCUUAUCACCUGUGCCUUUGCCAAUUGGCCUAUCUCUGUUGAUAUGAAUUGUGAUACAGCUCAGUCUAUUAUCCUAUGUGGUUUUGAGUUUACCAACAAUGCAAACAAGGACCUUUAUCUAUUGAAACGUAACACUCCUCUUGAAGGACUCCUCUCGGAAUUUAUCAAGGUUUCUCCUUCUCUUGGUCACUCUCUCCUGUAUGAAGGGCCACUGAUUUAUCGUCUCCCUCCUACAAAGGAUGAGUUUGUUCUCUUGAAAGCAGGCAAAAGUAUUUCUACAUCAGUUCCAAUCACCGAUGCCUUUAGCUUUAAGAUAGAUGGGAUUUAUACUGUGAGGUAUAUUGGACCAAUACAGUAUCUGUCGGUGGAAGAGAUGGAGAUUUUCGAAGAACAGAUCAGGGAAUCUCAAAUCAGGGAUGCCCAGAUCAGAAUUAAACAGAUCAGGAAUGAGCAGAUCAGGGGUGAGCAGAUCAGGGGUGAGCAGAUCAGGGAUGAGCAGAUCAGGGAUGAGCAGAUCAGGGGUGAGCAGAUCAGGGAUGAGCAGAUCAGGGGUGAGCAGAUCAGGGGUGAGCAGAUCAGGGGUGAGCAGAUCAGGGAUGAGCAGAUCAGGGAUGAGCAGAUCAGGGAUGAGCAGAUCAGGGAUGAGCAGAUCAGGGGUGAGCAGAUCAGGGGUGAGCAGAUCAGGGAUGAGCAGAUCAGGGAUGAGCAGAUCAGGGGUGAGCAGAUCAGGGGUGAGCAGAUCAGGGAUGAGCAGAUCAGGGGUGAGCAGAUCAGGGAUGAACAGAUCAGGAAUGAAAAGAUCAGGGGUGAGCAGAUCAGGGAUGAGCAGAUUGGAGAUGAACAAAUCAGGGAAUUACAGAUCAGGAUGGAACAGAUCAGGGAGUCCAAUGCCCACAAAUUAAUUGAGAUGAACAUAGAUGAUGCUUUCAACCUACUGAAGCCAGAACAUCAAGAACAAGUCAAUAGCGAAAGUGAAAUGGCUCAUUUUGAGUCCUGCAGUACAACAACCAUAUCAGGGGCUCCGAAUCAGAAUGAUGAGACUUUGAAGGCUCACCAGAAGCUCUGUGAUCAGAUUGCAAAAGCAAGCGGUACAGUCGGUAACAAUGACUUGUACACAACAUGGUUUGGAGCUUAUUCCGACUCUAGGUCAACCAUAGUCAAAGAUGUGUAUCAGAAAUGUGCCGACGGAUUGAGAGACAAUGCCACAAUAUACUACAACCAUGGGAUAUUCUGCAAGCCUAACACCAUUGCUUACACUUUUAAGAACGGAGUCAAGGUCUACUUAUGCCCAUACUACUUCAAACAGCCUACCUUUUGCGAUGGGAAUGCCUACACUAAAGAGGCUACUCUUAUACACGAAUGGGCUCAUGCCUUUGGUCUUACUGAUGACGUUACAUAUGGAGCUACUAACUGCAUGAAUCUGGCUAGCACAACUCCUUAUAAAGCUAUUGACAAUGCGGAUAACUACCGGUUCCACUAUUGCAAUGCCUACUAGAGGACUGCUCCUCCUGUGGAAACUUGAAAGCCAAGAACUUUAGGACUUUUUCAUGCAACACUAUAGGACAUGCACAGUUUGAGUACACGCACUAGUAGUUCCUUGAUGCACAUGAUUAUUGUCUUGGCUUUAAAAUAAAAUAACAAUUAAAAAAGAA